AAGAGACACUUACAGAUGGUGAGGCUCCACCUCCCUCGCAAACUGCCAGUGUGGAGCCGAACCAAGCCGCUUCAGAGGGUCUGCCAGACUUACCACAGACUCAGACCACUCCACUUGCAGAGGCUCCACCCACAGCAGCGGAUCCAGGGGAUUUGGUUUCAACGCCACCUAGGGUCACACCACAGCCUCAGCAAGAAUUGGGUGGCCCCCCGGACUUGGCUACCAGUCCCCGGCAGUCUGGCAGAGUUUCCAAGCGCCCAACUUAUUUAAAGGACUAUGUUGUUGGACAUGUAUCACUGUUGGUCUAA